AUGGCACUGAGCCGCAAAAAACAGCGGAUGAAGCAGCCAGACUACAUGGAGAACGGCGACGGCAGCUACAAGACGAGGACUUUCGUCUUCGAAUCGCACAAGGAGUCCCUCACUGUCAAGAUCAUCGAGAUGAUGGACCCGAGUUACGGCAUGUACGUCUGGCCCUGCAGUCCCGUUUUGGCCCAGUACCUCUGGUUCAACCGGGAGCACAUCAAGGGCAAACGCAUUCUCGAGAUCGGUGCUGGCACCGGCUUGCCGGGGAUCCUGGCAGCUCUGUUGGGAGCCCGGGUGACCCUGUCGGACAGCUCGCCACUGGGCCUCAAGAACUGCCAGCGCAAUGUGGAGGCCAACGGGCUGACGGCCAACGAGGUGCCCGUGGUCUCCAUCUCCUGGGGACUCUUCAACCCGGCCCUCUUCCAGCUCGGACCCAUUGACAUCAUCCUGGGAUCCGACUGUUUCUAUGACCCCAAAGACUUUGAGAACAUCAUUGUCACCGUGUCCUACCUGCUGCACCAGAACCCUCACGGGCGCUUCUGGUGCACCUACCAGAUACGAAGUGCGGACUACUCGAUGGAAGGCCUGCUCCGGCAGUGGAAUUUGGUCUGCGUCCAAGUUCCGCUCGAAAACUUUGAGGCAGACUCGCCCAACCUCGCCGGCUCGGGCCUCCCGGGCUCGCACACUAUCGAGAUGCUCGUAAUGAGCGUCAACACAACCGUGGAACCCGCUGCCUCGGACAAGACGAAGACGUGAAGAAACAAACUUGCGCGGUGCGUGGCGUCCACUGGCAGCGG